UCUAAAAUAUUGAAAAAUAUUUAUAUAAAACACUUAACUAAAAUAAAAUAAGAUAUUUGUGCUCUAUAAAAGGAUAUUAUUUAAGUAAACUAAUAACAAACAAGUAAAAAACAACCCAUUUUGCGAAAAUAUAAAUGUGAAAAAUCAAUAAUCCUCGACAAAAAUUAUGUGAAACCGUGUCUCGUCUUGGCAAUCGGUGUAAACAAAUAACAACUAAAAGAGGAUGUAGACAGAUUUUAAGAAAUCUAAUUGCUUAUAUAGUGCAACCACCGUGUUUGUGGGACAGGUGGUAUUAUGAAGCUGACAAAAAGUAAUAUGAUAUCAACUAUUGGGAUUUGUAGUUUCAACUGUCAUCGUUAUAACGACGAUGUCCCAACAAAUCAACCCCAUCAUAAUCCGAACGGAUUAAGAAGAAACCUAUUUCUCAAGCAGAACACGCAAAUUAAAAUAAAAAGAAAACCAAGAAAAUUUAAUUGAUAUAACAAUGUAGAGCACAAUACAAAAUUCUUAACAAAGUGAAAAUCACUUGAAAAGUCUUCCAAAACCACAGUUGGUUACCAUCUAGCUGUUAGUGUAGUUCGCGUUUUUAAAUUGUAUUAUUUUUUUUUUAAUUUCGCGCGUUAGUUUAAACAAAAAAUAUUUAUAUACAUAAAUCAAAAGUCUUCCUAGUUAAAUAAGUUAGUUUAAAGUAAAAUUCUAAAAGUCUUCCGGUUGAAUUCAUAUCGUCAUGUUUUCAUCUCAAAUGUAUUCAACACAAAAUGGUGGUGUAUUGUUGCAACAAACAACUCUGUCUGCAGCAACAAAACCAGCGUCAAAACCUAAAAGGCGUCGUCGAAAGAAAGUAGGCCGACAAUAUUUCGAGCAUGAUAAUCGCGACCCAAAUGUCACGCCAACUCCUAAAUCACCGCGAAGUUCAGUCUCAAUAAUGGCUUACCAAACGGUGAGAAAAAAGUUCAAGCCGCUGAAACCGGCAGUGGCCGCCUUGAAACGAGUCCGCAAAAAACCCGCACCACCCCAAGCCAUGUAUAUAGUUCAGUGUGCAUGCGCAGGGAACGGUCAAUCUACGAUUCCACUCAGUAACCACAACAAUAACCAUGUGCAUGGAAUUCUCUUGAAUUCUGCACUCUCAGCAGGUGGAUGUGGUAGUAGUGCGAUGAGAGGAAAUAAAACUCCGCGUGUUGAUAUCAAUGACGUACGCUAUUUUGCCGGGAUCUCUGCCAUACCGAUAGGGGCUGGUGGCAUGAGUAACCUGCAGCAGCAAUUUCCCAUCGAAUUUUUGAGCACUACCCCAUUUUAUGGCAACGCCAACCAUCAGCAUCGCGUGUGCCAAAAAGAGCUGAGAAGUGUUGUGAGUGUUCGUGAGACUCAUCAAAUUGCGGAAGCUCAACAGGAGAAAAACGCCAAACUCCGUGAAGCAUUCGGAAUUUCUGAAUACUUUGUUGAAGGAACAAGUUUUGAUUCAGAUCGUAAAGCAAGAGAAGAUCUGGCGAAGAGUUCAGCAUUGCAAAAAGAGCUAGAUGCUCAAAAAGACACGGAAAAAGAAAAAAACAAACGCUAUGCUUUAGUUCGGACUCCAUCAAAAGAAAAAGAGGGAGCUAAAGCUGAUAAUGUCGCAGAGGAUGGUGAAAUUCGGGGUAAAGUUAAGAAGAAGAAAAAGAAGAAAAAUCGUGAUGGGUCAGCGAGUCCAGAACAUAAAAAGGAUAAAAAGAAGAAAUCCAAAAAACACAAGAAAGAAAGUAAAUCUAAAAAGAAGAAAUCCAGAAAACGCAAACUCAGUGAAUCCGGUGAUUCGUCGGACUCCGAGAAACACCAUUCCGAUGAUGAUUCAUCUGACAGCGAGAAAGAAGUAAAAAAACGCAAGAAAUCGAAAAAAGACAAGAAAAAGAAGAAGAAGAAGCAUCGAGCAUCGUCUGUUGAUUCUAGAUCGAGCUCCCCAAGACGUGAUAAAGAACUAAAAUCAUCAUCUAAGAAAAAGUCUGACAUACAGGAACCCCCAAAACAUCGAAAUCCAUUUAGAAGUCGAUCCCGAGAGCGUAGGGAUCCAGUUUCAUCUUCAUCUAAACCAGCACGGCGUGACGACCGAUUAUCACCACUAUCAAAAAGUAGAGAUCGUCGUGAAUCUGAGAAUUGUAGCAGUAAGGACAAACGUAAAACCAGUCCAGUAUCUAAAAGGGAUGUUGAAAAAAUUCGGACACGAGAUUCUUCUCCGGUAAAAGACAAAUCGACUGACCGAGGUGAUCGCAAGAGAAAGACAUCGCCCGAAAAAGAAAAAGAGAGCCACAAGGGUGAGAGUCACAAACGAGACGAUGUUCAUAAGCGGGAUGAAUAUCAAACAGAUAAGCGUCGUAAGCGCUCAAGAUCUCGAUCAUCAGACCAUAGAUCGAAGAAUCGGCGCGACGAAAAAUCAUUGCCCAAAGUUGCAAAGCGUAAUGAAAGGUCUCAAUCGAAAUCCCCUCGUAGAGUUGAUAGAAACGGUGAUCACUCUAAGAGAAUUGAUUCUUCAAAGGCUGACAAACGUUCCCCAACUCCCCGAAAAAAGCAAUUUGUUAACCCUUUUAAAAUGGCUGUAGCAGGUGAGACAAAAAUUGUCGCUGCUGCUGAAGCAGUUCCCAGAAGACCUAUUUCUCGCUCAUUCUCGCGAUCGUCAUCUUCGUCAGUAUCCUCAAGCAGUUCAUCAUCUGCAUCUCCACCAACUAAAAAAUCUUUGAGAUCGCCUGAGAAAGAAUUGAGAAAAGGUUCUCCUUCGACUCAAAUUAAGAAAUUAGCAAAUAGAAACGAGGGAAAAAAAUCAAUCCCUGAAGAUGUUGUUAAACAGGAAAAGCGUAGAGAAUCACCUCGUAGAAAGAAAUCUGUUUCAAAAAGUCCGGAGAGAAGCAAGGUUUCUGAACGCCCACGUUCUUCAUCAAGGGAUAUAAAAGCAAAUAGACAUAAAACUUCAACUAUUACCGAUAGAAAACGUUCUCGUUCGAAAAGUGUUUCGAAGGUAAAACGUAGCUCGGUAUCGAAAGAAGCCCCGUCUAGGUCUGAGGCAAAACAUUUGCCAUCAAAAGAGAGAAGAUCUAGUUCAAGAGCCAACAAAGAUGGAAAACCCCUUAGAGAUGAAUCAGAAAAGCAAUCUAUAAAACAAUCAGAGAGAAAACGUUCACUUUCUAGGGGAAAAGAUGUAUCACGGGAAGAAAGAACAUAUCUUUCGAAUAAAAGUCCUACCAGACGUCGAUCGACAUCCAAAGGAACAAAAACAGUCCUGUCGCGCAAGCGUUCGAAAUCCCGAGAAGAGAAACGCUCUUUAUCGAGAAGUUCUUAUGAAAGAAAGAGAUCCCCCUAUCAAAAGCGUCCAACAUCACGUAAACGUUCAAUAUCUCGGGAACCGGUUCGGAGAAAACGAUCAGUAUCGCGUGGAAAAUCCGAAAGAAAACUAUCAAUAUCUCGAAAACGGUCGAUUUCUCGAGAACAAAUUGAGAGAAAACGCUCGGAAAAUAGGGAACGUUCUCCAUUAAAAACACGAAGAAGGUCAAGUUCAAGAAACGUUGAUCGUAGAAGAAGAAGGUCAAGAUCGGCAAAAUCACCAAUAAAGAGCACUUCAAAAGGACGCUUGGCAGACAGAAAACUGUCUCCCCCGUCACGUCAGCGUUCGACUUCUGCAUCAAGAUCACGCGAAAGACGUAGGUCUGUGUCACCAUCUACUACUGAGAGGAGAAGACGUCAACCUGUUUCCCAUGACAGAUCCCGUAUUAAAAGAUCAUCAUCGCUGCAAAGGUCACGAGACCGCCGUCGAUCGAACUCACGUUCACGGUCGCGUUAUAAUCGGAGAUCACCAUCUUUCCGCUCAAAAGAUCGUAAGCUUUCUCCUUCCCAAAGAGGUGCUCGUCGCUCAUCAUCUCGCCGACGAAAUCGAUCAGUGGAAAGAAGACGAUCACGGUCUCGAUCACCUCGAUCGAGAUCGCUUAGGAGAACUACAAAAAGGGGUUCUCCUUCACCUAGAAAACAAAUAAAGCGCUCACGUUCUCCGUUACGUGAAAAGAUUCGACGCCCACGAUCCUUUACCAAAAGUCGUUCACGUAGCAACCGACGAAAUUCGCGACCAGCACCUCAGGUACAGAAAGCAUCUUCCCCUGGUCAAAGAUCGCCAAGGCCUCACACAAGUCGUCGAAAGGCAUCCCGAAGCAGAAGUGGAAGUUACCCGGACCGUAGAUCUACUCGUUUUCGGAAGUCUACUUCGCGGAGAAAAGAAUUUCUAAAAUCACCGCCUAACUCGGAAAGAAGUUCAAAGGAACCACCUGCACCUGGAACAGAAGAGCCCCCCAUUCUGAUUUUACCCAAAUUAGAACAAAACCCUAUCGAAAAAUUGGGGCCGUCAAAUGCGCAGUCGAUUCCGAAAACAAAAGGAACUAGUCGAUCGGAUCGAAGCCCAUCUAGUUCAUCUAGCUCAGACAGUAAUAAUGAUUCAGGUUCUGAUUUAAGUUAUUCACCAGCUAGACGCAAUCCCGAACGCUACCAAGAUAUCCUUGAUCAAAUAAAAAAAGAAAAACGUGACAAAUAUAAAGCAAACAAAAAUGAUGUAAAGUCUGAGGAAAAAGAAAUUGAAAAAGAGAAUGAAAAGAAGAAAGAAAAUGAAAUGGGGAAAGAAAAAGAAAAGGAGAAGGAGAAAGCAAAGGAAAAAGAGAAAGAUAAAGAAAAGCAGAAAGAAAGAGAAAAGGAGAAAGAAAAAGAAAAAUUAUUCGAAAAAGAAAAGGAUAAGGAGAAAGGAAAGGAAAGGCCAAAAGAUCUUAAACGAGAAAAAUCCUCAUCGCAACGUUCGAGAUCUCGAUCAUACGGCGUAACAGCAAAAAAUACCCGCGCUUCAUCAACUACAAAGAAACCACAGCCUGUUGUGCGGCUGCAUAGUCAAAGUGAAAGCGAAAACGAAGAAAAUGGAGGACCUUCUAUUGAGUCUCUAACUCAAGAUGACCGCAAAGACGAAUUAAAGGAGAUUGAAAUGCUUGAACUACUUAAAUCAGGCAUAGCUGCGAAGGCAAAAGAGAAAAUCAAAACCAUCGAGAAGAUGGCCAACGAAGUAAGUCCCAAGAGCGAUUUGUUGCGUACAAAUUCUCUCAAUAAAUUCUUAGCUAAUAACGCUGCAACGGUAGCGGCCAUAGGCAGUGGUUGUAUCUACCCUGCUGCUCCGUUGCCCGCAAAUAAUCCGCUCCUAACCGUGGACAGCCUCCCCUUGGCCUCGCCUGUUUUCAGUACAGCAAAUGGUCAAGUGGAUAAUAGUCCUACAAUAUCAACCCUCCCUUUAAUAAGUGUUACACCACCGCCACAUUCAGCGGGGAAGCUUCUAUAUCCGCAGCCUCCCACUGUAAUUGUGACACCAAUGCCUUUAGUAAACAGCCAUCACUCACUAAAUAAUAACACUAACCGAAGGAGAGACUUUCGUCGAAAUCUCUCAAGUUUGAUUUCUUCGUCGGCUGUGACAACGUUAGCUUCGAUGUCUAUGUCUUCUAGUAGGCCUUUGCAGAUAACGACAGUCACUACUACUAACAAUAAUAACAAUCAAAUAAUUCUUGCUACUAACAACAAUCAUUAUAACAGUAAAAAUAACCAUCACCACCAUCAUCAUAGUGCAGCUUAUUUUAAACCAAAAAUUGUAAUUAAACCUUUUAAGCUUCAAGACCCCCAGCCAAUUGUGUCGGCGUUGAGCGAUAGCACACUAGUGGAUACCAUUGUUGCGAAGGUCUCGAAUGCAACUGUAGCUGCAGCUGAAAGCCUAGCCAGACGAAGCAGGAGUCGUUCACGUAGAAGUGAACGUGAUGAAAGUGGCAGGAGGUCCACAAGCCAAUCGAGAUCUUCGCAUGAUUCGUCAUCAAGCAGUGAAAGUGGAAGUUCCAGGUCACGUUCACGAAGCCACUCUUCUAGGUCUAGCCGAUCGUCGAGGAGCAGCUCAAGAAGUUCAUCUAGUGCUAGCUCGAAACAUUCGCAUAGCAGAUCCCGCUAUCGAUCUCCUUCCAUUCCCCGACGCCGUGGUUCUCCCAGCUUCCUUGAUCGUCGUAGGAUAACCAGUGCACGAAAACGACCUAUUCCAUAUCAUCGGGUAACACCUUCUGAUGCAUCGACCUGCUCUAGUUUUGAUAGCCGAGGAAGCUCACCACCAUCGUUUCGUUCUCCAACAAGAAGUCGCACCCCAAGUCCAAUAAAUCCAGUUUAAAAUUAUAACCGAAUUCCUAUACACAUAUUUGUAAGUCAUAAUAAACAGAAAUAGAAAAAGGAAACCCUGUGCAGUUCUAGUCUAAUAAUGAUCUUGUAUUCUAGUCCUAUAAUAAGAUUAACACUCAUUAUUUUAAAAUACUUUAAAUUAUUAAAUUAAUGUUGAUAUUAUUAAUUUAAAGUUAUAAUUUGAUACAAAUACUUGAAAUUGUAGACCAAUCACAAGAGAAAAACAUAAAAUGUAAGAUAAUUUUCAUAUUCUCAGUUUUAAGAAAUUUACUUGCUUAUAAUUUAAAACAAAAAAAUGUUUAUACUAAAAAUUGUUUUAUUAAAAAAAUAGAGAAAUUUAAAAUUUGCAUGCACGCUUAAUCCAUUUAUAACACUUAGCUUAAUAAGUAAAUGUUAAAAUAAUAAAUAUUAAUUAUUUAA